GCCCUGAGAGUGGGUCAGGCAUGGAGAGAGCCCGUGGUUGUGCGUGUGUCUAAUGUUUUUAUUCCGUACUGAGAGUCGGGAAAGCUAGUCUCACCGAACCCAGCUUAAGGCAGAGAGAGAGAUCUAUAACUGAAAAAUGGUUUUAGUAACACCAGUGCUGUUGCUGCUGUCUUUGGUAUCCCUGCAAGCUGUCGCAGAGAUUUGCCGGGGGGCGCACUGCUACGGCGCGGAAACCGGUGAUCCAAGACCGUGCACCGGAGCGCACUGUCCGGGGAGUAGAUCCUCCAGAACGCCGCGGCAGUUUAACCCGACAACGCAGGGGAGAGCGGCGCAUAGAGUUGCCAGCCAACACCAUGCGUACCCGAGCUAUUCAAGAGCGGCAUCGGAAGCCUAUCCCGCUGUCCAGACACUUCGCGUGCGGCACAGUGACAGCGGCACACGUGUAAAAGCGCCUGAAGUUUUACCUGCGCGAUGCACCGAAGCGGACUGCGCCGCUCUUGUGAAACAACUUCAGCCCACUAAUGGCACCCAAGACUGUAGGGGAAUCGAGUGCAGACUGCCACUGAGGAUACGGCCAAAAGCUCGAGCUAAGUCUUGUGUGGGAGAGGGAUGUAGUUCAGAGGAGAGCCAGCCUGUCCAUCUGUCCGACAGAGCCGCACAGUUCCUGGGAGAUUUUCCGGAGGUUGGAUAUCCGUCAUCAGAACUUGGCGGCGCGCCUUUGGGUGUCCAGCUCACAUGUGACAUCAAGCCAGGGGAGAAUGAAGUUCCCUCAGAAGAUGCCCUCAUCUUGCACCUCCAGCUGGCAAAGGGGCAGGAGAAGCUGGUGGAGGCCCUGCGAGGCCAGCAGAUGGUCAUCCGUGAUCUGCAGCAGAAGCUCGCUGAACAACAGGAGGCGCUACUGUCCCAGCAGAGGGAGAUCCUGGACCAGCAGCGGCGCAUGUAUGAGCAGAUGGAUGUGGUAAAGGCCCAGUACGGCCUCCUCUCAGACACCGUCAAACAGGUUUCCUUCCAGGGUCUUCAGGCUGAGCUGCAGAGCUACUUCGAGAGCCACCUGGCGGGUCUGCAGAGCCAGGCCCGCAACCACCUGCGGAAGCCCCAUGCCGUGCACAAAAUGGACAUGGACUCAAAGGUGGUGGAUGUAGUGGGAGAGCCUCAUUUUCCUCAACCUCUGCUGGAAUGCCCUUCAACCUGUGGGAAGGAGGAGUUCUGUGAUUUUCAGAGGGACCCUCCUCAGUGUGAGAAAUGCACCAUGUGUCCACCGGGCUUCUUUCUGAUCUCACAGUGUUCUGCUACCGCAGACAGGAUGUGCCAGGACAGAGAUGAAUGUCUUGAAGUACCAAACAUUUGUGGAGAGCGAGUGAAGUGCCUUAAUACUCCAGGGGGGUUCAGGUGUCUGGGAGUUUCGGAGAGAGAAGCAAUGAUGGGCUUGUGUGGUCACGACUACUUCUACAACCAGGAGUUGCAGGAGUGCCAGGCCUGUUUUGACUGUGAUGGAGAGUCUGUGUCCUCUCCCUGCACAGCUAUCAGUGACUCAGUCUGCGGCCAACCUUCAGAGAGCCGGCUCUCCCAGUCUUGGGGGGCCAAUGUGGCAGUUCCCCCUGCAAGGACCUCUGGCGGCCACAUCUUCCCCGGGUUUCAGCUAAACAUCCAAGGCAGGGAGAGAAUUGAUCUGUUGGCCAACGAGGCGGGGCAGGUGACGUUCCUGCAGCAUGGCCUGGUGUGGUUGGAUCAUAACUUUGCGAUAAAACACAGCUGCAGGAACUUUCUUCAGGUAGGAAUGAGGCUCAAUGGAAGCCAGGAGGAGGAGGGCCGGGACCUCAGUGGUGUUCGCAUCGAACAGCCGGACGGGAAGUACUUCCAGGGUGUCAGCGCCAGCAUUGGAGUCGAGGUGGAGCCAAACCAAACUUUCACUCUGCUGCUCAAGAGUCCAAAUCAACACUGCAACCAGAGCAAGGAUCUUCACGUCUAUGAUAUCACCACCCCUUCUUUCAGCUUGCUCUGGUUGUCGCAUGACACCGGUGCUGUAGCUAUGACGGCACAAAUGUCCCUUUCGACCCAUUACCAGACCAGCUACAGACCAACUUUCCGCCUGACCUCAGUGUCGGACCCAUAUAUGAUCAUUCUAACCCACGACAACCGCGGAGUACGCUUCACAGAAAGUGGUGUUGUUAAGUUUGUCGUCCAACAGGCGCUUUACUCUAUGGGCCACACUUGCAUUCGGGAAGGUUUCUCCCUGAUUGCCUACACCAACCACAACGGGACUGGCCAGGAGGUGAUGCAAGCCUUCAAGACGGGCGUCAACUACAGGGACACCUCCAUCACCCUUUCUGGCGCUGUAAGCGUAGCCAGCGGGGACACGCUUAGCUUUGAGAUCACAUCUCCGUCCCAGUGCAACAUCCGCUACUUUGGGGACAGCACUGGGAUCAGUAUGCUGAGUCUUAUCUGGAUUCCCUCAGCAGUGUCGUCAGCCCUGACUGCUACCGUGUCCAGGACUGGUCUGCCUUUUGGAGCCGUCAGGAAUAAGCCGCUGUCAUUCCAGCAGAUCAGCCCGGACACACCACAAGUUCAUUUGGCCCACUCGGGGGAGCCAAACAGCCGGAAGAACUUUAUAUUCCAUGAGAAAGGGACGGCGAACAUAGCCCUCAACCUGAAGCUGAUACACUCCUGCAAUAUUGUAAAACUCACUUUGCAGCGGGUUGAGAAUCAAGGCCAGCAGGCGGGUCCUGUGGCUCAGCAGGUGGCUGGAUAUAUGCCUGAAGGGAGCGAGUGGGCCAGUAUCGGGCUGAGGGCCUCAUUUCCGGUCCAGAACGGUACAGCGAUAUAUGUUACUCUGGACUGCAUCCGCGGACGGGUUAACCAGAUAACACACGAGGGCGGCACUAACAUUUCAGUCUUCUGGGUUGCAGUGUGAUCCGAGAAGGGAUGACACCUUAGUCAUUAAUAUGAUUUGUGAAAAAAAAGACAGUUUUGCACAAUACUGAAUUGCAGAGCAGAUUAAAAAAAUUACCAAAUUAAGAGAGAAGACUAGAUGAAAAACUAUGUUCAUCAACUAUUACACACAUUUUGUCAUAUUUUUGAUUUAAAUGUAUGUUUCAUCACCCCUUUAGACUUUUAUUGUGAAAUCCCUUUUGUGUAUUAUUAACAUACAUAAGUACUGCUUUUUCUUGAAGUACUUCGGCUGGUUGAGCAGUGACCAAUUCUUCAUUGUGCUGGUUUGAUUGUGUGUGUGUCUGUACAGUGUGUGAGUGUGUGUACAUACAUGUGCAGUGAUGCUUAUAUAUUAUGUAUGAAUGUAUGUGUGUUUGUGUGACAUUGGCAUGCCUACUUUUCUAUGAGUCGGUUAAUAUGUACAAUAUAUCCUUCAAUUCCUGCACAUAUGUAACUUGCGUACUGUAACAAACCUUUUGGUGUUAUAUCAUUAGGCAUUUUAAAAUAGUUUGAUAUUUUGGGGGAUAUUAUUCACUUUCUGGAUGAGUUAAAGUAGAUAGAUGCCACCCACCAAUAUGAGUGGUAUCAAUCUUCUCGC